AGGCGCACGCCGCGCACCGGCUCCAUAGACCAAGAAACAUCGCAUUAUGGCCUCGCACUGAGCCUACUGAUGCGACAGUUGUGUAUAUACCUAACCGGCAAUCCGUCACCAUCGACGCCUUGAUCAUGGACCUCCGGUCCAGAGGCUUUUUUCGGGGCCAUCGGAGUUGUCAAUAGUACUCACUAAGUACUAUAUUAUUUGAUUUUGAGCACUGUCACUUUUGCACGCCCGGGGAUUUAAACCGAAGUGACAGUAGUAGUAUUCACCCCCAUCUGCCGGUCAGCUAGCUAGCUCGCUAAGUCAAAAGCCAAGAAGGGCAUCACUUUUCUUUUGGAGUAAAGGACAAGGAAACUGCAACACCACUACUUGUAUUAACAGAAGACUGAUCAGAGGCCGAUUCCCUGAGUUACCAUCUUACAACAUAUUCACUAUUGAUUCCUGAAAGGCUGGCAGCACACAGCCACCCUAAUGCAGAACCAUAAAAGAACGUGAAAUGAACAAACCACCACAGCCUAUAACGGGGCCCACUUCUGUCCCAAACCCUGCCCCAUCCCCUGGAUUGACACAGGCCGCCUACGGUCCUGGACAGCCCCCUUCUCUUGUUUUUGCCACCCCUCCACCUCCACAAAUGAACUCUGCACCUCAGCCAAGACAGUUUGCUGCAGGCCCCCGUACUUUACACCAACAGGGUGGAUACAGAGCAUUACAGAGUUACUACCAAAACCGACCAGCCAUGGCCACCAAUGCUCCGAGGGUACAGACAAGUAGUGGCCCACGACCUGUCGGACCCACUCCAGUCUACCCGCACAGCUCACAGAUGAUGAUGAUGUCUUUUCCUGGCUCCCCUCAGGGUUACUUCAUCCCACCUGGACAGUACCGGGCCCCAUAUAUGCCUCCUACUCAGCAGUAUCCUGUGACCAGCGGUACAGCAGGCUUCUAUCCGGGAACUAGCCCUGCUGAAUACUCUGCUUAUGAGCCCUCUCUUGCUGCGAGGGAGAGGCGGGGUGGUGGGGGGAGAGGGGGCGGGCGAGAGAACGGCCGUCUCUCUCUCCACGGUGCUCCUCUCACCUCCCAGCGCUACCCUGCAGGAGCAUACUAUCCAGCUCAGCCGCAGUACUCUCAGUCUGUCCAGCCGGCACCGGUCAUGAUCACCCCCGCCCAGCAACAGCAACAAGCCCCGCCUCCUCAGCAACCACCCCCACAGUCACAAGGGCCACCAAAGAGGGAACGCAAACCGGUAGUGUGUCACAACAAAAGGGCAGCACACCUCUUCUCUGAGAUAAGGAUACGAGACCCUAACCAGGGCGGGCGUGAUAUCACAGAGGAGAUCAUGUCAGGUGGACGGUCCACCACCACACCGACUCCUCCACAGGCCUCCACAGCAGAUGGAAGUCCUGCACAGACCAAUGGUGAAGUUACACAGCCUGCCACUACAGUUACGAGAAGAGAUGAAAACACUGAGCCACCUGCUAGCGCCGAAAGCCCACCAUCUCUUGCCACCGCAAAUACAGAGCCUGUGGUCGAGGCGAAACAGGAAACGGAAAACCAGAUGAUACCGCCUGCUGAAUUAGCCGUACAAUCUGUAGCCCCUACAGCCGCUGCAGAGGUGCCAUGCCCAAUGAUAAAGGACCUGCAGUCUCUCUGUUCCCUCCCUGCAGCAUCUACUACUACAGCUCCUCCUGAGGCAGAAAAUAAAGUUGAUACUAAUGUUGGCGACACCGUAGACGCUCCUGUCGGCCCUUCUGCAUCAUUAGUGGCACAAGAGGCACCUGUCAAAAUGGAAGAACCACAGGCUGUCCCACCACAAGCUGAGAAGGUACCAGAAAAGGAAGAAAAGAAAGCAGAGGAAUUGCAGACGUUGGAAAAUAAAGAGCAGGUGGCCAGUGCUACGUUUGAGCCUGCAGCUGAGGUUCCUGCAACAUUUACUCCUGUUGACGAGGCAAAAGAAGAAACGGCGACAAAGACAGAAAAAAAAGUUUCUGCGCUUCCAUCCUCUGCAGAGGAACCUUUUGCUCCACAAACCCAGAACACCACCCAGAGCCCCGCCCCUAAACCUGAACCCACACCGGUUGAAGAAGCAGAGCCUCUUCUCUCCAACGGCCUUCCUCAGGACACUGAGGACCUGUCUGAGGAUAUGGCAUUUUCAGACACUACACACGUUGACAAGCCGGAUGCUUCUCAAUCUCAGGAAUCCACACCUGUGGCUAAAACGGUAAUGCCUGCCCAGGAGGAGGAGGAGGAGGAGGAGGAGGAGAAAGGGGAAGAAAGGAAGGAGAAAAGUGAGGUUGCCCCUCCUGCCUCUGUUAGCUGCCCUACAGAGGAAUCUACUAUGCAAGCUGCAACGUCUGUGCCAAAGAAGAGGAAGAACAUGAAGGAGUUAAACAAGAAAGAGGCAAUUGGAGACCUCCUGGAUGCCUUCACAGAGGAGCAAGAAGCCAAGCCUGCUCCUGAACCCUCGUCCACUCAGGCCGACCCUGUCCCUGUUGCUCCACCUGAACCUCCAGCUGAGGUUGUAGAUGAGACCUGGGAGGAGAAAGAAGACAAGCAAAAUGCAGAACCUAAAGUUACAUCUGAGCCAACUGAGCAGAAAUACCAGUACAAAGAAGAAAAAUGGAAGCCAAUAGACCCAGAAGACAAGAAGCGGUACGACAGGGAGUUCCUCCUGGGUUUCCAGUUUAUUAGCGCCAGUAUGCACAAACCCGAUGGCCUGCCUACCAUCAGUGACGUGGUCCUGGACAAGGCAAACAAGACUCCAAUGCGUCCUGUUGACCCAUCUCGAAUGAUUAAUGUGGGUCCUGAUUUUACUCCCUCGUAUUUGGGUAACCUUGGGAGCAGAUCGGUGGGAGGACCACGAGGCCCGCCACCUGGGCCACGUCGCUCCCAGCAAGGUCAGAGGAAAGAGCCCAGGAAAAUUAUCAGCAGCAUGUCCCUCGGCGACGACGUGCAGCUCAACAAGGCUGAGAAAGCCUGGAAGCCCACGGUAAAGAAGUCAAGUCGAACCCGUGCCCCGGAAGAAGUUGAAAAUGACGAUUCCGAACAGGGCAAGACUCAAGAGUUGUUCAAGCGUCUGCGCAGUAUCCUCAACAAGCUGACCCCUCAGAAGUUCCAGGAGCUGAUGAAACAAGUGACAGAGCUGACGAUAGACACAGAGGAGAGGCUGAAAGGAACUAUUGACCUCAUCUUUGAGAAGGCCAUCUCAGAGCCCAACUUCUCUGUGGCCUAUGCCAACAUGUGCCGCUGCCUUUUGGGGUUGAAAGUCCCCAUCCCCGACAAGCCAGGACUCUUUGUGAACUUUCGCAAACUGCUGCUCAACCGCUGCCAGAAAGAGUUUGAGAAGGACCAGGAUGAUGAUGAAAUCUUUGAGAAAAAGCAAAAAGAAAUAGAGGCUGCCAAAGAAGGAGAGGAGUGUGAGCGCUUGAAGGUGGAGCUUCAGGAUUUCAAAGACAAGGCUCGUCGCCGCUCCAUGGGUAACAUAAAGUUCAUUGGCGAGCUCUUCAAGCUGAAGAUGCUGACAGAGGCCAUCAUGCACGACUGUGUAGUGAAACUACUGAAGAAUCAUGAUGAAGAGUCUCUGGAGUGUCUCUGCAGGCUGUUCUCCACGAUUGGCAAAGACCUGGACUUUGAGAAGGCCAAGCCUCGUAUGGAUCAGUAUUUCAACCAGAUGGACAAGAUAAUCAAAGAGAGAAAGACCUCAUCCAGAAUCCGCUUCAUGUUACAAGAUGUCUUGGAUCUCAGAAAGAGUGGGUGGGUGCCUCGUAGAGGAGACCAGGGUCCUAAAACAAUUGACCAGAUCCACAAGGAGGCAGAGAUGGAGGAGCACAGAGAACACAUCAAAGUUCAGCAGCAGCUCUUAUCCAAGAAAGAGGGAGGAGGAGACAGAGGAGGAGACAGAGGAGGUGGCAGGAUGGGCGGGAACAUGGGGGGCCGCGGCUCUCACACACCAGGAGGUGGCCGGACUAGCCAGCCUCAGGAUGAGGGCUGGAACACGGUGCCCAUUUCCAAGAACAGACCCAUCGACACCACUCGCCUUAGCAAGAUCACAAAGCCUGGUUCUCUGGACUUCAACAAUCAACUGCUGGCUCCAGGGGGAAAAGGCAUGUGGGGUAGCUGGGGCAAAGGCAGCAGUGGAGGAACUGGAGCAAAACCAGCAAGUGGAGAGCCAGAUUCUGGCCGUCCAGCUACCAGCACCCUCAACCGCUUCUCAGCCCUGCAACAGUCUGCUUCGUUGUUGUCUUCAACUGACUCUGAUCGCAGAGCUCCUCAGAGGUCAAGCUCAAGCCGCGAGCGUGGCAGCGACAGAGACAGGGGUGAACGCGACAGGGAUCGGUUGGACCGAUUCGAUCGCAGCGAGGGACGGGAGGGUCGUGACGACAGGAGCGCCCGGAACCAAAUCACCAAGAGAAGCUUCAGCAGAGAGUCUCAGGAGCGCGGCGGGCGGACCGGAGACCUUCGGGCCUCGACUGAGCCGGUGCGCCGCGUGGCCAGCAUGACCGACAACAGGGACAGAGGAAGCAGGGACCGAGGUAGUCGGGAUAGAGGAAGCAGGGACCGAGGAAGCAGAGACCGAGGAAGCCAGGACAGGGCCCCAAGCAAAGAUCUCCCAGUUAAGCGUGAGAGCGCCCCCACUCCUCCUCCUCCUCUCCCAAAACCUGCCUUGAGUGAAGAGGAGUUGGAGAAGAAGUCGAAUGCCAUUAUAGAAGAAUACCUCCACAUUAAUGACUUGAAGGAGGCGUUGCAGUGUGUGACGGAACUCAACAGUGCCUCGCUGCUCUAUGUGUUUGUGCGGAACGGCGUGGAGUCGACGCUUGAGCGCAGCACCAUUGCUAGAGCACACAUGGGCCUGUUGCUGCAACAACUUGUAAAGGCAGAUUUAUUGUCCCCAGCGCAGUACUACAAAGGGCUAGAAGAGACCCUAGAGGCUGCAGAAGACACGGCCAUAGAUAUACCUCACAUCUGGCUCUACCUGGCUGAACUCAUUACCCCCAUGCUCCAUGAGGGAGGCAUCCCUAUGGGACAGCUCUUCAGGGAGAUUUCAAAGCCUCUCGUGCCUCUGGGGCAGGCCGGCGUGCUUCUGGUACAAAUCCUCAAGUUGCUCUGCAAAGAAAUGACCCCUAAGAAGGUCGGGGCCAUGUGGACUGAGGGUGGACUCAAUUGGAGUGAUUUCUUACCCGAGAAUGAAGAUGUCAACAAGUUUGUCACCGAUCAGAAAGUGGAGUUCACCACAGGAGAGGAGAUGGAGUCAAAGGACAUGGAUGAGAAGAAGGUCCUCACUGGAGAGGAGCUCAGCAAAAACCUGGACCGACUCCUCCAGGACAAGGCCAACAACCAGCGCAUCAGAGACUGGGUCGAGGCUAACUUGGAUGAGCAGCAAACUGCUUCCAACCAGUUUGUGCGAGCAUUGAUGACAUCAGUGUGUCAGUCUGCAAUCAUAUGUGACAACCCGUACAGGGUGGACGCACGGCAGAUCAGUCAGAGGGCCAGUCUGCUGCAGAGAUACCUGUCUGAUGAGGAGAAGGAGCUUCAGGCCCUCUACGCCCUCCAGGCUCUGAUGGUGCACAUGGAGCAGCCAGCAAACCUGCUGCGCAUGUUCUUCGACGCCUUGUACGACGAGGACGUUAUUAAAGAGGAUGCCUUCUAUAAAUGGGAGACCAGCAAAGACCCUGCAGAGCAAACAGGCAAAGGUGUGGCCUUGAAAUCAGUCACCGCUUUCUUCACCUGGCUCCGCGAGGCCGAGGAGGAGUCUGACAAGGAAUAAGAGACUGAACUGAAAGCUGCCGCCCCCCUCUGGCAGGGUGGGGGCUUUGCAGAGAUUCAUGGACAAUAUUGCCAGAGAGGCAGACUCAAAUCAAUCCUCAAUGAGGAUAAAUCUUUAUUAUUUUUUGUUCUUUUCUUUGAGGGAUGGACUCAGAAAACAAUCAUUUCUCUCUACCCUUCCUCUCUUGCUUCCUCAUUAUUUCCCCCACCUGCUUGUCACAGCAAGUGUCCUCAUCAAAUAAACUUGAAAACUGAUUCAGCAGGAUUGCUUGUUAACGAGGUGUGAAGUAUCCCACAUCACUACGAAACUUUUUCUCUCAAUAACGCAAACCAACAGGCUGCUUUUUUUAUGGUUCUAGAUAAUUCUAAUGCCUAACAUCCUAUCUGAUCUGCAAGAUGAACCGCAGGGUGGGUGGUGUAGUGGGUUCCCUAAAACGUGGGUAUCGUCAUGCCAUAAUGUGUGUUCAAUCCAAACUCGGCUCUUAUGUCUUUGUCCCUUUCUGGCGUGUGCAGCAUGACUGAAGUGUGUUUCUAUUAAUGAUACAGUGGACAAAACUUCGAUAGACAAAUGUACAUGAACUAAUCUUAAUUUGAUGAAUGGAGUUUUUAAUGCAAAGGUUGUGUAUUUUCUCUUCCUGUUUCCCAUGAUGAACUUAGAGGACAGAAACAUGGACUGGUGUUGACCUUUGACUACUAGGGGGUGGUCUUAAUGCUUCCUCUAAGCCAUCCUCUCCCAUCCCCAGUAGUAAACCACACUGACUCUUCAUCUUUACCUCUUCUGUACCUAAGCCUGAGCUGUCGUAGAGGACACUUAAUGACCCAAUCACAGUUAAAACUUGAAAUCUACAGAAAAUUGACUUGAUGGAAAUAUAUAUACAGUCAAAACAACAACACAGAAAUGAUCUGAAAGCCUUUUCUACUGUAAGUGGAAACUUAUUUCAGGAGCUUUCUGUAAAUAUAUAAUUAAAAAACAAACAAAAUGUUUUUCAGUUUAUUUUUCAGAAACGAGAAAUUGCUGGUGUAAUUGCAGUGUAUCCAGCAGUAACAGCAGUUGUCCAGAUGCAGAGAGGUGCUUUAGAUAAUCCGUUGAUUAUUAGUUGUAUUGGAAUUUUGUAAAUAUUUUUUUUUUUGCUUUCUUUAUUUAAGAAAUUAUUGCUUCUUUUGCAUCGGAAACUAGACAGAUGGGGUCACGAUACAUUGCAAAUAAAGGACUUAUUAAGUUGCUGA